AUGGCUAAGGAUGCUAAAUGUGAACAAACUCCUUCACCGAGAGCAAGCCGAUCUCCUUCUUCCCUAGGGUCACCUCAGAAAGUAGAAUUGAAGACUGAACGCCUGACACCAAUAGCAGAGCUGGAUAUUGGUGACGUGAGACUACAACAGAUAAACAGGAUACUCAAUAGGUCCCGAAAGAUAGUGGUGCUGACUGGAGCUGGAAUUUCGUGUAACGCGGGUAUACCAGACUUCAGGUCGUCUUCGGGGCUCUAUGAGUUGGUGAAGAAACAGUUUCCAGAACUUCCUAUAAUGUCGGGUCAGGAAAUGUUUGACAUUUCGUUAUUUAGGGAUGAACUCAAGAUAUCAGUGUUCGCUACAUUCAUGGAGAAAUUGUACUCUAGCGUUCAAAUGGCUCAACCGACAAAGACUCACAAAUUUAUAGCCCAUCUCAAGAACAGAAACAAGCUGUUAAGGUGUUAUACACAGAAUAUCGAUGGCCUAGAAGAGAAUCUGGGCUUAGAAAUGUCCAACAAUGAAACUAAUGAUACAACCAUUACAGCGUUUAAUUCUCGUUGGAAGAAUUUCGACGUGGUGCAAUUGCAUGGAGAUUUAAACUCUUUAGCGUGCACGCGAUGUUUCCAUGUAUUCCAAUGGAGCAGGUACUGGUGCCGUUCCUUCAGACGAGGUGAGCUCCCAACGUGUCCAACCUGUGAAGAGCAAAAUUAUAAGAGAUUCCAGCAGGGCAAGAGACAAACUGGUAUAACCGGACUUUUGAGACCAAACAUCGUUUUAUAUGGAGAAAAUCAUCCAUCCUGCGAGUUUAUCGCCCAGGGCCUAACUCUGGAUGUCCAGAGAGGCAAGCCAGAUUUCCUUAUAAUCAUGGGUACGAGUCUGAAAGUUGAUGGUGUGAAGCGGGUUGUGAGACAAAUCAGUAAGCAGGUCCAUGAACGCGGUGGUAUCGUGAUACUGGUCAACAAGACCUCGAUAGGUGAUUCCUCCUGGCACGGUGUAAUAGACUACCAAAUAAUGCGCGAUUGCGAUGAAUGGGUAACUUAUUUGGAAGCACAAAUCCCAGAUUUCUUCAAGACACAGGAACAAAUAGACAAGUUAAGGCAAUUAAGACGAGAGGCAAGUGAUUUGAGGAAGAAAGCACUAGAAGAACAGAAACAAAAUAAUCUUCUCACUAUGAUAAAGACUCCGCCAUCAACUCCGGUUAGGAAAGAUCAGAAACAGGCCCAAUCAUUCGAUGGCAACCUCGAAAAUGUCAAGAAAAGAUUAGUGACAACAAGCAAAUCUCCCUGUAAGAGGCAGAAGAAAUUGCCAGAUAACGAAAAAAUUAGCAAACGAAAACCCAAGUACAUCCACUACACUAAUUCCCAACUCUCUCAGUACAUAAUGAAACGGCAUCUGUUAUUUAAGUCAGAAAAGUUAAUGUUAUAA